CAAGUUUCACAUGAUAAACUGCCAGAUUAGAGGCUUGUUUUUAACAUAAAUUGCCUGCUGUGGCAUCUGUUGGAGAACUUGCUGUGUGCCAUACACACACACAACUGAGUUACAUUACAUGGCCUGAAAUCAGUCUAAAUGCAGAUAAAAAUAACUAAAAAGGAAAUAACUGAACGUUUUAAACUUAUAGCGAUGCUAGCUGCUUUUGUGGAUUCAUAUGUUUUUAUUAGAUAGCACGAGCAAGCAUAAUUGAAAGAGGUAGUCUAUUAGGCCUUUGUAGGUUAUACCACUGGAGCAUUAGUAACAUAUGCUGUAUGUUUACAGGAAUGCAUAUUAUUUAGGAAUUUAUAACCAACAUUGAAGAUUGGAUAGUUUCCAGAUGCUUGUAUUACACUGAUUCUUGAAGGAAGACAAAGAAAGGGCCAUAAUGAGUUUAAAGAAGAAGGCACGAUUGUUUGGUUUGCUGAUUGCCACAGGACUCGUGUUCAUCAGUCUCUUUACGUAUUUGUCCCAUGGAAGCAAGCCUGUUGCCAACAUUGAACAACCAAUUAAAGUCCAUCUGAGAGACAGUGGGGAAGGUGCCUUGUUACGCAAGCAACACAGAGAAGAAGAGCAACGUGAACAGCUCAAAUCCAUACAUGAUGGACAGAGUGAUAAAGAACAUGAGACCGAGGAUAAGCAAAAUAAUGUGAAGGAUCAAGAAGGAGCUCCCCAACAAAUCCAAAAACCUAUUCUCAAAGAAAGGAAAAAUGAAAAUAAUGUUGAUAAAAAUGAACCACAAUUAAAGGAAAAUGGAGAUGAUAAUGCUGUUAACAAGCCUGCUCAAACAGAAGAGCAAGUACACUCCGAUGUCCUUCCAAAGGUCUCCAUUCGGAGCCAACUUCUGGGCCAAAAGCGCCUUGUUCAUUUAGACCUAAAAGGAGCACCACCAAACCUUGCAUACUUCCGUCAAAUUUUUCCAGUAUUCAAAAAGCUAGGAGCUAACGGUCUCCUUAUUGAGUAUGAAGAUAUGUUUCCUUACUCUGGCGAUCUCAGUGUUAUAGCAGCUUCAAAUAGCUACACCCAAGCUAAUAUUGCCGAAUUGCAUAAACUGGCCAAAGAAAAUGGGCUGGAAAUAAUGCCGCUUGUUCAGACAUUUGGCCAUAUGGAGUUUGUAUUGAAACACAGAGAGUUCAUACACCUGAGGGAAGUUCAGGACUACGCAUCUGCUCUCUGUCCCGCCAACAAGGAAGCCAUUCUGUUAGUUUAUAAGAUGAUAGAUCAGAUGAUGGCACUACAUCCUGACAUCAGUUAUCUUCACAUUGGUUGUGAUGAGGUCUAUCACUUGGGGAUGUCCCAAAUGUCACAAGAUAUGAUGGCACACCUGAGAAUCAGCAAGAAUGACUUGUUUGUGCGGCAUGUUUCUACAAUAGCCCAGUAUGUGAAGACAAAGUAUCCACACGUGCAGCCAGUUAUGUGGGAUGAUAUGUUUCGCUGGAUGGAUGAAGAAUCCUUACAGAAGUAUAAAAUUGGAAGACUUGUGGAGCCCAUGAUCUGGCUGUAUACAUACAAUGUGGUAGAACGUCUCGAGAUGAGCAUUUGGGAGAAAUAUGCAAAACAUUUCCCGAAUGUGUGGGCGGCAAGUGCCUUCAAAGGAGCAGGUGGCGUUCUUGAAUACACCACAAAUAUAGAGGAGAGAAUAAACAACCAUCUUGAUUGGAUCAACAUGAUGAAUAUCGUUGAAUCUCGAAAACUGGUGAAUUUCCGAGGGAUUGCUCUCACUGGUUGGCAACGAUAUGAUCAUUUUGCAGGAUUAUGUGAACUGUUACCUGUUACUAUUCCCUCUUUGGGGCUAACCCUCGCGAUUAUGCUCCAUGGAAACAUGAACGAAACGUUACAAAAACAGGUAUUUAGAACCCUUGGAUGUGACCCGCACAUGGAUUUAUCAAUAAGGGACCCCCCUCCAGCAAUUUAUCCACAUUGUUCUUACCCAGGGAAUAGCCUUCUAAGUAGUGUGUACCAACUCCGUGAAUUACACUACAAGUUUGACGAGGUUGCUCAUAGUCGACAAAGUGUCCUUUAUGGGUGGAUGUCACCUUAUAACAUAAAACAUAAUUUCUCCAACAAUUGGCAAUUAGAUAAUAUGCUUAAGCCAAUGAAUGAGAUUAAAUAUAAUACAAUGAGUUAUAUAUCAUCUUUUAAAAAUAACAUGGUUCUUAUAUAUGACAAGCCAACCAUUGAUGAAUUUUUGGAUGAACAAUUAACAUGGAUACUCACUGAAAUUGCGGAUAUUGAGCGUAAAGCCAUGAAAUUAAUGCAAAUCCGAAGUUGGCCAAAAAGACCACUUGGAAUCCUCCCAAGGCCACGGACCCCAAAUGUAAGGAACAGACAACAGGGUGGCAAUGCCAUUCAAGCUGCCCCCAAUCAACCUGUGUCCAAUAACAAUCCUGUACAAAGAAAAAACUUUCCCAAGGCCAAUGAUCAAUCUAGGUCAAACUUUUAUAAAAGACGAGCUGAGCUGCAGAAAAGGCCUCAGUUUGCCCCUAAGUCAUAGAAAAUAUCUACCAUGUAGAUUGAAAUACGCAAACAGUCUGUGUAAACUUGAGUUGUAUUUUUGUAUCUUGUAUACUUUGUAGAGUAUCUCCUUAUAUGAAAAGUAAUAUAAGGGCUCUUGAAUUGUCAGGAAAUACAUUAUUGACAUUUUAUGUCACCUCCACAAGUGGUGACAUAUU